GUUCUGGGAGGCGCAUUCGUCACCUGACUACAGACUACAACCAGCUUGGAUCAACAUGGCGUCCGUGUCUGCCUCUGUGAAUUACCUGGACCCCUUCCGUCUGUGAGCGGCGUUUCUGCGCUUUUUACACCUGCUUCUUAUUUAUGUCCUAAUCGCGAUAAGUAGCGGAGACGACGACGAGGCGAGAAGCGCGUCUCUGGUGCCGCUUUUUAUUACGUCUGCAUCGCAUGAACGCUCGGGAUAAUUGCAUUCAUUGGCAGAGACCGUGGCUUGUGUUUGUCCUGAGGUACUUGCUGUGUUUCAUUGCUGUGGACCUGGCUCCUGCGGUGCGGGGCACAUUUCGGGGCCUCUCCCUACAUUUCUUUCUCCGGGUUCGGUUCGUUUAACCCACUAACCAGACGCUGCCAGCACCAUGUGAGAGCGAUGAUCGAUCUGACAUUAAUGCAUGUGGCGGCCUCCCCCCGCUGGGCUCCGGGUGCUUUAUGACCGUUAAUGGUGCUGUGCUGCGUGUUGCGUUGCUCAUGCCUUGCUCAACGACGCCACUAUGAUAGGCUCACCUGACGUGGUGGCUUUCACGCGGGACGAUGACUUCAGCCAGGCCAAUCCCGAGCUGUGGCUUCUCCCGGAGGAGUUCUCCAUCCCUCUCCACCCACUGGCUGACUCCAACCCCUGGGCCAAAACCUCCUACGCCAAGUUCACCAAAGACUUCAUCCUCAUCUCGGAGUUCUCGGAGCAGGUGGGCCCUCAGCCGCUGCUCACCAUCCCCGACGACCCCAGAGUGUGCGGCACCUUCGACCUCAACUACUUCUCCCUGCGCAUCAUGUCGGUGGACUACCAGGCCUCCUUCGUGGGGCACCCGCCGGGCAGCGGCUACCCGCGCCUCAGCUUCGUGGAGGACUCGCGGGUGGUGCUGGGCGACUCCAAGGAGGGCGCCUUCGCCUACGUGCACCACCUCACGCUGUACGACCUGGAGGCGCGCGGCUUCGUGCGGCCGUUCUGCAUGGCCUACGUUUCGGCGGACGAGAGGAAGAUCAUGCUGCAGUUCCAGGAGCUGUCGCUGCGCUUCUCGCAGGCCUCCGAGUGUCUGAAGGCCGGAAACAGGAGAGCUUUUGCCAAAGAGCUCCAGAGGAAGCUGCGCGACCUGGAGUACACUCACUCGGUGCUGCAGCGGGAGGAGGGUCUGCAGAGGGAGGCGGGACCUCAGUGCGUGUACUCGGCCCACGCUGUGGAAAAGGCCAACGAGCUGGCGAACGUGGAGAAGAGCAUCUAUGAGCACAGGGACCUGCUGAAGCAGCUCAGCUCCUACCACCGGCAGCCGCGCCGCGACCCCCACGCCGCCGCCUGCCACAGGUGCGUGGCCGAGUGCCUGAGCCAGUGCGAGGAGCUGCUGGAGCAGUACGCCAAGCUUCCUGCCAGGCCCUCGGGGCCCUCGGGGCCCUCGGGUCCCGCGGGUCCCGGCCCGGAGGAGGAGGAGGGCGUUAAACGCAGGCCGUCCUACACGCCGCAGCUGAUCAAGGCUAAAUCUGCCAAGUGCUUCGACAAGCGCCUGAAGACGCUGAAGGAGCUGUGUGACGAGACCUUCUACGAGGCCACGGUGGAGCUGCUGAAGGAGACGGAGAGGAGCUUCCGGGGGGACUUGUGUUAUCUGCACACGCGCCGGUUGGACCGGGCCCUACGCAGGACGCUGAGACUCACUGACUUCCUGUUUGAGGAGGAUCUAAAUGCUGAGGACGAGACAGGAACACUAAGAGCCUUCUGUGCUGUGAGUCACACGGCAGACAACCACACACUAUUAAAUGCCCCUCCUAUCGUACUGGGACCAGAACCUGCAGAGCUAGAUGCACUGGACCCGUCCUCUGAGGCCAGCCAUACUCAGGAGAGUGAGCUGGGGCCCGGGGGGAGCCAGCUGGAGUCCUCCCCCUCAGACCAGACUCUGGAGACCCAGGAGAGUUCAGAGGAGACCAAAGGAAGCUUCAGCAGCGAUAAGAGCGGCCCGGGUCACGCAGAGAAGCCCGAGAGCGAGGCCUGCAUCAAGUCAGAACCUCCUGACUCUGACUUGACCCCGGACCCCGACCACAACACUGACCUGGAAAGGGAGAGCAGCAGUGAAGACAUGGAGACCACUGCAGGCGAGGAUGACAAUGGAGACCAGACCCCUGUGUCUCUGCUGGAGGUGGUGUCGGAGCUGGAGGCCGCCGGGGACGAGGUGCCGUCCGACCUGCUGGUUCCGCUGGACACAGCGUGUUGCAUGGCCCAGGACGGGUUCCUCUACGAGGCCUCUCCCCGGGAGGUGCUGCCCCGUCUGGGCUCCAGCUCCCACCCUCGGGUGGUCAACCAGGAGCCGCAGGCCCUGCUUCCAGUCCAGGACGCCUACGCUGUGGGUUCUCCGGGCUCGGCCCGGGCAGCCGGCCUGGAGCUGCCCGUGGGGCCCCUCGGCGACGCCGGGUCCGGCGCCUCGGCGGAGGACGGCUCCGACGGCACCAUGAGCGCGUCCACCGGGUCGGACCGCGCGGCGUCGCCUGUGGGCUACGGGGCGGUGGCGACGCAGCGGCAGAGGAAGAAGGCCGCUCAGGGAGCGCUGCGCUUCGUGAGGCAGUACCCGUUCGCCGUGCAGGCCCUGUGGUGCCUGCUGAGCGGCAGGACGCUGGUGGUGCUGGGCGCCGACGAGGGCCGGGUCCGGCGGCUGGUGGCCGCGCUGGCGCUGUUCGUUCCUGCUCCGGGGAAGUGCGGGGAGAGGAUCCAGGCCUGGCUGUCGUGUCCCUUCACACUCACAGACCUGCAGCGGUGGAAGCUCAUUGGACUGCAGAGGGUGGCGUCCCCCGUGGGCUCCAGCAUGCUCCACUCGCUGUCGCGCUACAGCCGCUACAUCGCCAUCCUGGACGCCGACCAGAGGAGCCUGCGCUGCCCGUCGUACCGCGGCCACGUGCUGUCCAACGUGGCCGACCACCGCACCUGCAUCCGCCGCGGCUCCACCUACUUCCUGCACCUGCAGAGCACGCUGUGCCGCCUGGCGGCCCGGGCCUUCCUGCUGACCUUCACCCACCACCUCCACCUGCCCGUCAGCUGCGCGGAGGGGCCCGCGGCGGUGGAGGGCCGGCGCCGCUGCUUCCUGCAGGAGCAGCUGGGGCUGGGGGAGGAGGACGGCCGCGUGCUGCUCUACCUCAGCCAGCUCAUCACGCAGCGGUACCUGCAGCCGCCCGGCGGCGGCAGCGCGGCCCCGCCCACUUUUACGUUCAACUACACCACCAGCGUUUUUUACAAGAUCUGAUGUUUUAGCCUGAAUCAGCCGAGGUUUGAACGGACGACCUCUGGGGUUUUAGUUACAGGACAGUCUUUGCCCCUGUGGUCGUGUUGUCUGCGUUGUCUUCAUCUCGUUCAUCGCUCUGUGCAGGGACAAGGAGGCAGAGCGAGGACUUUCAAUCCAAGCGCCUUUAUUGUCCGUUUGUGUUUUUCACCUCCAGGGAACAAGCGCUGAUACUCGAUCACAGCUGAUCACAGAUAUGCGUUAACGCCAUCAGUUUGUCAGCGAUGAUGUCAUCCGUGCCGUCUGUCCCUCCCGGCACCACGCAGGCUUUCACUGCUGCUUAUGUGACUCGUCCUAGCGGCCAAACCCUUUUUUUAAUGUCCUUUCUCUUUUCUCACGUGCACUUUUAGUUUCUCUUCUAUGUGAAUAAGUUUUAACACAUUCCUGCUGCAAACGGAUGAAUGUCAUUUUCCCCUCAUCGUCACGGUGUUGAGGCUGCUUGUCGGGUCGUGGUGCAUGAGAACGUGUCGUCGCUGUGUGAACUGGAGCCCGUCGGCUCCAUGUGAUCGUGCAUGUGCAGAGAAAUAACGGCGCCACACACGUCCUGAGCGUGUGGGAGUGGAUCUCUGACCCGGCGCUGCUGGGGCCAGUUACAUCCAGAUUGUUAGAGCUACUUAACCUAAAUGUAUUGAACUGUUGUCUUAAAGUUGUGAGAGUCUUGUGGUGUCAGCAUGAGACCGUCUUGUGCCAGAGUGAAUCCCCGUAAUGAUUAUAUUUGUUUCUGUCAUAUUUGGAAGACAAGAUGCUGCUGACAUUUCUUUGCUUUGCCACCAGAAUCAAAACCUUCCUGCUUGAUGUCUGCUACUAACGAAGCCCAGCAGUUCUAUAUUUAUUGCUUCAUGUCUAAAUUUGGAUUGCAGUCAUUUCGCCGAGUGUAUCCAGAAUUUGGAGUGAGCUGGAGAGUUGUUGAUGCAGGAAAUCUGUCACAUCAGAUACAGACGAGCGUCUUUGACAGUAUUUUAGUUUUACUGUUCCUGGUUCUGUGGUGCCGGUGACAGGACCGUGAUUCUGUGCUUGUGCAUGGACAGAGUUUUAUUGUGAAAGGUCAAAGGUCCUUCCUGCUUCAGUAUGAACCAAACAUAAGCCUUUUAAUCCCACUUAAUGUAUUAUUUGAGUUUACUGCACUUUCUUUGCUGCAUGUGCUGCCAUUUUAUUGUUUACUGCUUGAAUAACACAUGUUCCUGCUCAGAUGUUACACAGCUUUUAUAAAUUAUUGUUGCUUUUCGCUGUUGUCCAUCUAAUGCAAAGACGUGAAUGUAAUCUGAAUAAGCCAUACCACAGUGCGCUUACCAUGCUGUCACUCAGUGUCCUUACGUUGCCAUGUCCUGUCUGUUUUUUUUUUUUUUUUAACCUCACUGAGCAGGCGUCGUGUUGACUUCAGCUGCGUCCUCCUGUGGUUUUACUGAAGCUUGUUGUGAAUGUCUUGUUCCUUUUCUGUAGAGUUGAUAAUGUUCAUUUAUUCCAUUAAAUUAUUUGAAUUCACUUAA